AUGAGACUUCUAAUAAAGCAAUUAAAACCCAACGCUAAUUUAAAUAUCCAACCAAUUAUAAGUCUUGUACGAAAAUUCUCUUCUAAAGAUGCUCAGAAUAAAGAACUUAAAACUACGGCUGAAGAGGUUCGAAAAAACAUAACCAUAGAAAAAUACUCUGGUAUUACAACUCUUAAUAUAGAUCGUCAGACAACACGUAAUAGUCUCGAUGUUGAGACGCUAAAAGAGAUGACAGAGGCUAUUAAUGCGUUUGAUAAAGACCCUGAAGCUAAAGUGCUUGUGUUUAAUGGUGAAGGUGGCAGCUUUUGUUCUGGAUUUGAUUUGGAUGAAAUUGGAAGUAAGGGAUACAGUGUUUUAACUGAUGCUGCUGUCAGGCUUCUUCGUCGUCCUUUAUGUGAUAAACCAACUAUAGCUGCGGUUCAAGGAUAUGCAGUAGCCGAGGGAUUUGAAUUAGCUUUAGCCUGUGAUCUUCGUAUUAUUGAAGAAACUGCUAUAUUGGGCUGUCUGGGUAGACGUUUCGGUGCUCCACAAGGCUUAUAUGGUGGUAGGCGAUUAACAUCGCUUAUAGGAUUAUCUCGAGCCCUAGAUCUAUUAAUGACUGGUAGGCCAAUAUCUGGAUCAGAUGCAUGUACUAUGGGCCUGGGGUGUAAACUAACAGCUACUGGAACUGCAUUAGGAGAAUCUAUCAAACUAGCAAAAUCCAUUAUAAAAUUCCCCCAAAAUGCUCUAAUAAUGGACAAAUUAGCAGCUAUUAACUCACAGUUGAAUCCAAAUAGUGAAGAAAGUAUGAGAGACGAAGCAAUUAUGAGUAGUUUAUUGGGAUCUGCUAUUGAAGACCUAAAUAAGGGUGUGCAGAAGUUUCAAGGAGGCAUAGGCAAACAUGGCAAAUUCUACAAACUAACAGACAUGCCACUCAAAGACUGGGAACUGGAAGAGACAUUGGAGGAAAUAGAAGUUGUUGUUAAGGAAGAAGACAAGAAACCUUAA